AUGCUGAUAAAGUCGGGAUUGAAGCAUAAACGGAUUACUCCAUUGCACCCACAAGGUAAUGCAAUAGUCGAGCGAUUCAUGGCACCAUUGCAAAAAUCAGUCAAAACCGCAAUAGCAUCAGGUCAAGAUUAUAAGAGAGCGUUGAAUAGAUAUCUAAUGAAUUUUCGCAAUUCGCCACAAUCUUCAACACAAAAAGCUCCUAGUGAAUUAAUGUACAAUCGGAAAGUAAAAACGAAAUUACCAUCAAUGACAUUUGAAAAGGAAGACACAGAUGUUCGCGACAGGGACAAUCUGUCAAAAUCGAAAAACAAAAUUUAUGCGGACAAAAACAGAAGAGCACAGCCAAGUGCAUUGAAAAUUGGAGACCAUGUGUUACUAAAACGGGAACAACGUAACAAAUUUGAGACAGUGUUUGACCCUACACCUGGCAUUGUCAUUGCUAGGAAAUGUUCGAUGCUAACAAUCAGGCACAGAGGAAAGGAAAUUACACGAGACGUGUCAAAGUUCAGGGUAGUUCAAGGUGGUCAUGAGCCGGCGCAGACGAAACCUGCAGAUCCUGCAUUUGCACCACGUCAAAGGUCGCAAAGGAAAUGA